UUGGUAAAUAGUGUGGUGCGUCGGGUGAUGCAGAGGGAGCGGAAGGGGAGGAGAGACCCGAGGUACACGCUGCAGCAGCCAUCAGCGUACACAUCACCGCCGCCGCCACCAGCGUACGCAUCACCGCCGCCGUCACCAACGUACACACUAUCGCCGCCGUCACCAACGUACACACCACCGCCGCCGCCACCACCAACGUACACACCACCGCCGCCGCCGCCGCCAGCGUACGCACCACCGCCGCCGCCACCAACAUAUAAUAUAUACACGCCACCGCCUGUGCCACCAGUGCACAUGCCCCCGAUAGCGUACACGCCGCCGGUAUACACACAUCUAGAAUACACGCACCCGGGAUACACGCACCCGGGAUACACGCACCCAGGAUACACGCACCCGGGAUACACGCACCCGGGAUACACCUUUCCGGGAUACACACCACCGGGAUACACGCCACCGGGAUACAUGAAUACGACAGGAAAUAUACCGACAUUCGUGCCAGGAGUAUACCCCUAUACGUUGUAA